AUGGCGGCAGAAGCUUAUUCCAAGUCUAUAGACGCAUUUUUUGAAGGGAUCUUCACUGAACAUACAUGUUUGCGUAGCUUCUUUGAACAGAUUGGUAUUUCUGCAAAUUUUCGUCGUCAAUCACAAUACGAGACUCAAUAUACAAAUCUCAAAACCUACAUACCAAUUGAAGAGCACGCGCGGAGCAUACUCACGCCGUAUGCUUUCAAUUCUUUGCAACAAGAGUUAUUGUUGGCAAUGCAAUACUCUACAUCUGAAAUGGCCAAUGGAUCAUAUGCUAUACGACACUUCAGAAGGUUGGAUGGAGAUCGGUUUGUGAUAUGGUUGGCGGAAGAAGAACAGAUACACUGCUCUUGCAAAGAGUUUGAAUCGUCAGGGAUAUUAUGCAGACAUGCUCUUCAUGUACUUAUAAUAAAGAGUUACUUUCAUCUUCCUGACAAAUACUAUUUAAGUAGAUGGCGUCGCGAAUGUUCUUUACUUGUCGAGGAUGAGCGUUACAACAACCAAAGUAUUAUUGGUAGGGAAUGGUUUCAAGAAUAUCAAUCUCUAGUUGAAACUUUGUUGUCGGAAUCAUCAGUUACAAAGGAGCGGUCUGACUAUGUCCACAGAGAACUGACAAAAGAACUUAAUAGGAUUCUUAAUGAGGUUAGAAAUCUACCCGAGACUGACGUUGUUUGCAGCAUGAAUGUGUCGGUUUCACCAAAUAGCUAA